AUGCCUGGAGCCGAGAUGGCGCCCCUUCGGGCCGAUGAUAUGAGAGUGUUGGGCCAGGAUCCCCUCAUUCCACCAGCCCUGCUCAUCUCAGAAAUCCCCAUGACGGAUGAGUCCCUCCAGACGGUCGUCAAGGGGAGACGGGAGGCCGUAGGCGUGGUCAUGGGCCGGAACGACCGCCUUUUGGUCAUCGUUGGGCCGUGCUCUAUCCACGAUCCUGCCACGGCCAUUGAGUACGCGCACAGGCUAAAGGCUGUCUCGGACAAGCUUUCAGACGACCUGGUCAUCGUGAUGCGUGCCUAUCUCGAGAAGCCCCGGACGACGGUGGGAUGGAAGGGCCUCAUCAACGACCCGGAUAUCGAUCAAACCUUCAAGAUUAACAAGGGCCUCCGCGUAUCAAGACAGCUUUUCCGCGACCUGACGUCAACGGGCAUGCCUAUUGCUAGCGAGAUGCUUGACACCAUCUCGCCGCAGUUCCUGGCCGACUUCAUUUCGGUUGGCGCCAUCGGAGCGAGGACGACCGAGAGCCAGCUCCACCGUGAACUCGCCUCUGGCCUGUCUUUCCCUGUUGGCUUCAAGAACGGGACGGACGGCAACCUUGGCGUUGCCAUCGACGCCAUCGGCGCUGCGGCUGCCAAGCACCACUUCAUGGGCGUCACGAAGCAGGGGCUGGCAGCCAUCACGCGGACGUCUGGCAACGAGCAUGGAUUCGUCAUCCUGAGGGGCGGGACAAAGGGGCCCAACUACGACAAGGCGAGCAUCCAGGCUGCGAAGGAGACGUUGAUCAAGAAAGGCCAGAAGCUGGCAAUUAUGGUUGACUGCUCUCAUGGCAACUCGAACAAGGACCACCGGAACCAGCCCAAGGUCGCAAAGGCCGUGGCGGACCAGCUCCGAGAAGGCGAGACAGCCAUCAUUGGUGUGAUGAUCGAGUCCAACAUCAACGAAGGCAAUCAGAAGGUGCCCCCGGAGGGUCCCGCGGCACUCAAGAAGGGGGUGAGCAUCACUGACGCCUGUAUUGACUGGGAGACAACUGUCGAAGUGCUCGAGGACCUUGCAGCUGCGGUCCGGGAGAGGAGGAAGCUUAAUGUACGGACGGCGAAUGGUGCCGAGCCCAAGACGACCCCCCUGGAGGAGGAGUAG